CCUGAAGUACCAUUUCCGAUAAAACCGCUGAGUUGCGCGGUUUGGGGGUUUUUUAACCUCACUACGUUCCGCGCUUCCAAAAACAUUAAGCCCGUGGUGGCUUCUCAGAACCCCACUUUGAGCUAGACUUCAAGUUGACACCGCCACCACCACCCCGUGUGGAGAAUGGCUGCAGCCCUGAACUCCCAGAUCAGCAUGCCCCUGGAGGUGGAGGGGUGUGUAAUGCUGAAGGUGGAAAAGGACCCCGAGUGGGCGUCGGAGCCUUUUCUGGAAGGAUCGGAUAGCACUGAGUGUGAGACCUUUCGCAAAUGCUUCAGGCAGUUUUGUUACGAGGACGUGACUGGACCCCAUGAAGCUUUCAGUAAACUCUGGGAACUAUGCUGCCGGUGGUUGAAGCCUGAGAUGCGUUCCAAAGAACAGAUGCUUGAGCUGCUGGUGAUUGAGCAGUUUCUUACCAUUUUACCCAAGAAGAUUCAGGCUUGGGCCCAGAGGCAGUGUCCGGAAAGUGGAGAGGAAGCAGUGGCCCUGGUAGUCCAUUUGGAGAAAGAGACUGGAAGAUUCAGACAGCAGGUCAGCAGUCCUAUACACUCGGAGAAGCAAGCCCCACUUGGAACAGUGUGGGAGGUAGUAGACUUUCAACCUGAGCAGGUGGACACCCAACCCAGGGUAGUGUCUCGGGAGGAAGCUGGAAGCCUCCACUCAGGACACCAGGAACAGCUGAAUCAAAAGAGAGAGCAUCGGCCCUUGCCCAGGAAUGCUCGGUCUUCUCCCUGGGUUCCUGCCCCUGCUGAUGAAUGGAACACCGUAGAUCAGGAGGUCACAACCACACAUCUUCCUGCUGGAUCCCAGGAACCAGUGAAAGAUGUCCACGUGUUAAGAGGUUUUUCCCACAAAAAGACUGUGCAUCAGAUCCCUGUUCACAGAGACCUCUACCGGGAAAUCAGGAAGGAGAAUGUUGGGAACACAGUCUCCCUGGGAAAUACAGUGUCUCCAUCUAACAAGAUAGCCAGGUUGGAACAAAGAAAAGAGCCAUGGACUGUAGGCCUACAUUCCUCAAACAAGAGAAAUGUCCUACGAAGCGCCUAUGUCAAGGAAAAGUCAGCUCAUCCUGUUCAGAUCCCUGCAAGGAACGCCAGAAAAAUAUGGAGAGACCAGCAGCAGUGGGGUGUAGAAGAUGAGAAAAUAGCGGGUGUGCACUGGAGCUACGAGGAAACUAAGACUUUUCUUGCAAUUCUCAAGGAGUCUCGCUUCUAUGAAACACUUCAGGCUUGUCCCCGAAAUAGCCAGGUCUAUGGUGCUGUGGCUGAAUGGUUGCGGGAAUGUGGCUUCCUUCGCACACCAGAACAGUGCCGAACCAAGUUCAAAAGCCUCCAGAAAAGCUAUCGAAAAGUAAGAAAUGGCCACAUGCUAGAACCCUGUGCCUUCUUUGAGGACAUGGAUGCUUUGUUGAACCCUGCAGCCCAUGCUUCAUCUACUGAUAAGCCAAAGGAGAUUGUAUCUCUCCCCAGACUAAAGAGAAUUGGAAUUAGUGCUAAAGAACAGAUCACUUUGGUGGAGGAGGAAGCUGCAGAAGAAUCUGAUGGUGAUGAAAUGGGCAUUGAAUUUAUCCACAAGCCUGAAGUUCAUGGUGCCCCUGUCUUAUUUCAAAACCUGAGUGGUGUGCACUGGGGCUAUGAAGAAACCAAGACUUUUCUUGAUAUCCUUCAUGAGACUCGAUUUUAUGAAGCACUUCAAGCUUGUCAUAGGAAGAGCAAGUUGUAUGGGGCCGUGGCUGAACAACUUCGAGAGUGUGGCUUCCUCCGGACACCUGAGCAAUGCCGAACCAAGUUCAAAAGCCUUCAGAAGAGUUACCGCAAAGUGAAAAAUGGUCAUGUGCUAGAAUCCUGUGCAUUCUACAAGGAGAUGGAUGCCCUAAUUAACUUUCAUGCAUCAGCCCCUUCCACUGACAGCUCAGAAGAAGUGCUAUCAGCCUCGAGGCAUGAAAGAGGGCCUACUGAGGUGGAACCCCAGGAACCUACAGGCUGGGAACCUGAGAACUCCCAGGAAGCAGUAAUAGAAGAUUCUAGCAGUGAGAGAAUGAGUGAGGAGGAAGUUCUACAAGAGCAAGAAUUCCAGGGACCUCCAGGUCUACUGCAAAGCCCAAAUGAUUUUGAAAUUGGAAGUAGCAUCAAGGAGGAUCCAACACAGGUAAUAUAUAAGGACCCAGAACCACAUAGAGCAUUAAUAGAAAAAUCUAAAAGAGUUGUUUCCCAGAAUACUGAUCCCAGCAGAUAUCGAAAAAGGGAGUGCAUCUCAGGAAGACAAUGGGAAAACCUUCAAAGCAUUAGACAGGGAAAGCUGAUGGCCCAGCCUAGAGAUCUAGGGAAAGCUGUGAUGCAUCAGAGGCCUUUCCUGGGGAGGAGACCCUACAGACUUCUCAGAUACGGAGAGAGCUUUGGAAGGAGUGCUCGUCUUAUGUGCCGGAUGACCCACCAGAAGGAGAAUCCUUACAAGUGCAGUGUCUGCGGGAAGUGCUUUGGUAGAAGCAGGAGCCUAAUCAGACACCAAAGAAUCCACACAGGGGAAAAGCCUUUCAAAUGUCUUGACUGUGGGAAAAGCUUUAAUGACUCCUCCAAUUUUGGAGCCCACCAGAGAAUCCACACAGGAGAGAAGCCCUACAGAUGCGGGGAAUGUGGAAAAUGCUUCAGUCAAAGCUCUAGUCUUAUUAUCCAUCAGAGAACCCACACUGGUGAGAAGCCCUAUCAGUGUGGAGAGUGUGGGAAAAGCUUUACCAACAGUUCUCAUUUCAGUGCUCACCGCAGAGUCCACACUGGAGAGAAUCCCUACAAAUGUAUGGACUGUGAGAAAAGUUUCAAUAACUGCACAAGAUUUCGAGAGCACCGGAGGAUCCACACUGGAGAGAAGCCCUAUGGAUGUGCCCAUUGUGGGAAGCGUUUUGGUAAGAGUUCUGUUCUCGCCAAACACAGGGAAGUUCAUGUUAGAGAAAAGCUUCUGCCACACCCUCUCUCUAUGUAUCCCCCAGAGAAAGGGAAGACCGAUGACUUCAGGAAAACAUUUUGAUAAUGAGCCCCUUUAGCCAUCUUAGCCCAGCCUCACUCACAGAAGCAGUCUUUUCUUAGUCCUAAAGUGUAAUUCCCAAGAUAAAUUUGAGAUUACAUAAGACUUUUAUCCUGUUCUCACCUCUGCCUCUAACUUGGUCAUCUCUCUCUCUGUCCUCUGUUUCUCUACAUCUCUGUUAGUAGAGUGGAGAAGACACAUUGUUUGAGUUCAGAAUGAAGUUCUUUUUGGUAUGUUGAGGUCACUGAUGUUGGAUUCCUAAAUUCAAGAACAUUCAAGAUCCUUUUGUGUGGAUGAGAAGUGUUUUCAAGGAGAUAAAUGCCAAAAGGAUUUGUUCUUCUUGUUGUUGUUACCUACUACAUGAGAUCCUGGAUGCAACUUGAUAACAGAUUUUCACAUUUGGGUGGAACUUUCAGGAAUCUGAUCACAACUGUAUCAGAUCAACCUCAAUUUUGAAGAUACUCGCAAAGGAGAGUGAAGAUUUUAUAGCCUCCUUAAGAAACCUGAUACAGUGUCCUUUUUGUCAAGAAGUUGAUCCAAAUAGCUAGGGUAGAUUCUCUAUGUUGUCACUGAAGUCAUGUUACUAAUGCCUCACCCUCUAUCAUCACCUUCUGUACCUGAAGACUUAAUAGCCCUGUGGCCGCUGCUUCUCCAGCCCCCAAAUAAUCCCAGGAUGUUCCUCUUUCUAUUUCUCAUAAGGCCUACAUUUACCUCCUAAUUAUUCCAUGUACUCUCAUCUGACUCUUCAGAACUACCGUGCUAUCUGCAGAUCACAUAGGAUGCAUGAUUAUGGUAUGUCUCAUUAAAAUAAAGUAGGAUUUCAGAAACAUU